AUGGAAGUAGUGCCCUGUGAUUACUCAGAAGAGGAAGAUCAAUGUGUAGAUGAGGGAGAUGCAUGGAGACGUGGAAAUAGUGAGAAUGGACUGAAUUCCACGCAUGUGAUUGAUCUGCAUGAUCACAUCAUCACUGUCAUUGCCCAGGUGCAUGCAGAAUUUUCACCCUGUGAUACUGAAGAUGUGGAGAUAGCCAUGGCCAGUGCGAAUAUAAUAAAAUUUGCUAUUUUUGUUUCUGAGCUUGUGAAGAAUUCUGUUCCGCAAGUCAUGACAAAUGAGGAAUAUCCAAAAGCUGAAGUGGAUGAAGGCAAUAGGGCAAAUGACCAUGAGAAUGGACUAAGUCGCACACAAGUGGCUAUUGUGCAUGAUGACACCAUCCCUGUCACUGCUGAGGUGCAUCAGGGAUCCUCCUCCAAUGAUUCAGAGGAUACUGAGACAGACACCACCAAUGAGAAUAUGUCUCUGUACCUCAGUGCCCUGGACCAUGAUGAAGCUUCCUUCAGCGAUUCCUCCAGCGAUUCCUCUAGCAAGAAUGGAGAGGGAGACACCUCCAAUGAGAAUGUUUUGCUACAUAGACUGGCAAGUUUUCAUCGAGUUUGGAGUUUUCCAAAUGAAAAUACAGGAAAGGAAGUGACCUGUCUGGCUUGGAGACCAGAUGGCAAACUUUUGGCCUUUGCUCUUGGUGACACCAAGAAAAUUAUUUUGUGUGGUGUGGAAAAACCUGAAAGCUUGCACUCUUUUUCUGUGGAGGCUCCAGUUUCCUGUAUGCAUUAGAUGGAAGUGAUUGUGUGAAGUAGUGUUCUAACAUCUUUCUAUAAUGCUGAAGAUGACUCAAACCUUCUCUUACCUAAGCUGCCCACGUUACCAAAAAAUUAUAGCAGCACCUCAAAAAUAUUUAGUGAGGAGAAUUCUGAUGAAAUUAUUAAACUCUUGGGAGAUGUCAGAUUAAAUAUUCUUGUCUUUGGAGGAAGCUCUGCAUUUAUUGAGCUUUAUGCUUAUGGGAUAUUCAAAAUUGCUCGAGUCACAGGGAUUGCUGGCACUUGUCUUGCAUUGUGUCUAUCAAGUGAUUUGAAGUCCUUAUCAGUGGUCGCAGAGGUUUCCACUGGAGGUGCUUCAGAGGUUUCAUACUUCCAUCUUGAAACCAAUCUGCUCUACUCCUUCUUACCUGAAGUAACUCGGAUGGCCAGGAAGUUUACUCACAUUUCAGCUCUGUUUCAGUAUAUAAAUUUGUCACUGACAUGUAUGUGUGAAGUAUGGGAAGAAAUACUGAUGCAGAUGGAUUCUUGUCUCACUAAGUUUGUGCAGGAAAAGAACACUACCACAUCAGUACAGGAUGAAUUUAUGCACUUGCUGUUGUGGGGGAAGGCAAGUGCUGAACUUCAGACCCUUUUGAUGAACCAGCUAACUGUAAAGGGCUUAAAAAAGGUUGGCCAGUCUAUAGAGUCAUCAUAUUCCAGUAUUCAGAAGUUGGUUAUAAGUCAUUUGCAGAGUGGCUCAGAGUCUUUAUUGUAUCAUUUGAGUGAACUGAAAGGAAUGGCUUCAUGGAAGCAAAAAUACAAACCCCUUGGACUGGAUGCUAUGGGAAUUGAAGGAAUAGUUAUAGACAUUAGUAAGAAGAAUUUCAAGGCAUUUUUCUGGUGGCUUUAUGUGGCCAUGUUGAGAAUGACUGAAGACCAUGUGCUUCCUGAGCUGAAUAAGAUGACUGAGAAAGAUAUCACAUUUGUUGCUGAAUUUCUUACUGAACAUUUCAAUGAGGCUCCAGACCUUUAUAAUCAAAAAGGAAAAUAUUUUAAUGUUGAAAAAUUUGGUCAGUAUUGGAAAGAUGAAGAUGAGGACCUUGUGUCACCCCCUAACACGGAAGGAAACCAGUGGUAUGACUUCCUCCAAAACAGCAGCCAUCUUAAAGAAAGCCCUUUGCUGUUUCGUUAUUAUACUCGAAAAUCAUUGCAUUUUGUGAAAAGGCAAAUGGAAACCAUUAUUGAUCAGUGUUUGCAAAUGCCAGCAGAUGUAAUUGGAAAAUCAAUGAAUCAAGCCAUCUGUAUUCCAUUAUAUAGAGAUGCUAAAAGAUUGCUCAUAUUUCCUUUUCUGUGGAAUAAUAAAAGUUCAAAUCUAUAGUACCUUCUUUUUACUAUUUUAGAAGAAUCGCUGUAUAAAAUAUGUAUCUUAAGAAGGCAUACUGAUAUUUCCCAAUCUGUAAGUAAUGGACUAAUUGCUGUGAAAUUUGGGAGCUUCACCUAUUCUACAAGUGAAAAAGUCAAAAGAAGUUCCAGCAACUACAGCUGUUUAGAUGCCCAGUUUUAUGAUGAUGAAACUCUAACAGUCAUUCUUAAAGACACCAUGGGAUGUGAAGGAAGAGACAGACUCUUGGUCCAGUUGCCAUUGUUGUUUGUGUAUAACAGUGAAGAUGCUGCAAAGUACCAAUUCACUAGAACUUAUGCCACAAGGCUAGAUGAACAAAGCAGUGUUAUUCCCACACACAUCCUGCACUUUGAGAAGCACUGGCGGUUACUGGAGAGCAUGAAAGCUCAGUACGUUGCUGGGAAUGGUUUUCACAAAGUGUCCUGUAUGUUAAGUUCAAGUCUCCAUCAUGUAAGAGUAUUUGGAAUGGACAUCGAUGAAUGGGAACUGGAUGAGUCUUCAGAUGAAGAGGAGGAAGCCAGUGGUAAGCCUGUGAAGAUCAAGGAGGAAGUGCUGUCCGAGUCAGAGACAGAGGCCUCUGCUGAUGCUCCAGCCCCAGAGAUAGUCGUCAAAGUGGAGAAGCUUGACCCUGAACUGGACUCAUAAUCCAACUUGCCAUUGUUUAUUACAUGUUACUGUGGCAGAAAGGACUCAGAAGAUGGACUGAGACAUCUUGGG